GAGAGAGAAGCCAGAGAGGAGUGAGCAGAAGCGACAAGCAUCAGAUCGUGCGACCCACAGCAGCAUGGGCUCCUUCUCCAUCACCAUGGGCUUCUUCCUCUUUCUUGCCUUUUGGCUUCCAGGCCAUAUUGGAGCAAACCCUGUGUACAGUGCAGUAUCCAACACAGAUCUGAUGGAUUUCAAGAACCUGCUAGACCAUCUGGAAGAGAAGAUGCCAUUAGAAGAUGAGGUCGUGCCUCCACAGACCCCGAGUGAGCAGAACGAUGAAGCAGGGGCUGCGCUUAGCUCUCUCCCUGAGAUACCUCCCUGGACAGGGGAGGUCAACCCACCUCAGAGAGAUGGGAGUACCCUCGGGCGCAGUCCCUGGGACCCCUCCGAUAGAGCUGCUCUCUUGAAAAGCAAACUGAGGGCUCUGCUCGCUGCCCCUCGGAGCCUACGGAGGUCCAGCUGCUUUGGGGGUAGGAUCGACAGGAUUGGAGCCCAGAGCGGACUAGGAUGCAACAGCUUCCGGUACCGAAGAUAAUAGCCAGGGAGAAAAACCAGCCAGAUUCGCUGGGGCAGAGUGCAGAAGACCCUAAGCCCCUGCGGUGUGUCUGUCACGCAGUUUGGUCUCAUUGUCACUGAGGUGUGGCGAGCACCCUGCUGGAGCGGCUACUUCCUGUCUUCAUCCUUCACGACUGAUGCUAAAUGUAGAUCAGUGGUUCCAGGGGGGGGGCCUUCCCCCUCCCACCCCGCGUAUUAAGGUAGAGCCUCACCCCUUUCAGGAAAGCAGCUGGAAAAAAAAUUUUUUUUUGAAUAAACUUC